AUGGCUCGCAACAGCCGAUCCACCGCUUUCGUCCUGGGAGGAUGCGCGGCCUCUGCCACAGUGGCCGGGCUCGCUUCCCAGAGCUUCGCCGUGGCCGGGAAGGGUCUGCAGACACAGGAGCCUGUGCGCAUGACUUCCCUGCGCGGCCGUGCUGCCGAGACGAAGUCCUCCACAGAGAUGCCUUUGGGUGCCCUGGCACUGGCCACCGCCGGAGUCGCAGGCAUCUAUGGCGCCAACAGCCGAAACUCCAAGAAGGCUCGGGCGCAGGCCGUUGUCCGCCAGGCGAAGGACCACAUCAACAUCGGAACCAUCGGUCACGUUGACCACGGCAAGACCACGCUCUCGGCCGCGAUCUCCCUGGUGUGCGGUCAGUUCAGCACCUCUGACGACACGACGAAGAAAUCCUACGAGGAGAUCGACAACGCCCCCGAGGAGCGUGCGCGUGGUAUCACCAUCAACGCCUCGCACAUCGAGUACGAGACAGAGACCAGGCACUACUGCCACGUGGACUGCCCUGGCCACGCAGAUUACGUCAAGAACAUGAUUACAGGAGCUUGCCAGAUGGAUGGCGGCAUCCUCGUCAUUUCAUCCCCUGAUGGCCCAAUGGCACAGCUCCUUGGUUGCAAC